AUGUAUACUACGGAUGUUCAGUACAGACAUCAAAGGGCAGCUACACAAGUGUCCAUUUUGGCACACUUUUUCGGCGUAAUCGCAAUCGUGCUCAUGCUCGUUUGGUUGUUGCAUUACCGUGGGGGUCUCGACCUCGACUCAGAUGAUCCCAAUCUUAUUUUCAAUGUUCACCCUUUUCUCAUGUUCUUCGGGUUUAUUUUCAUGGCAGGUCAAGCAAUGAUGGCAUAUAAGACAGUAAGAGCAGAAAGAAAAGUUCAGAAAUUUGUGCAUGCAUUUUUUCAUUCUGUAGCAUUAUGUCUGGGGAUUGUUGGAUUACAUGCUGCUUUCAAGUUUCAUGAGAGAAGCAAUAUUCCCAACUUGUAUAGCUUACAUUCAUGGAUUGGCAUUACCACAUUCUCCUUGUUUUGCUUGCAGUGGCUGUUUGGGAUUACUUUAUUUCUUUUUCCAAGUGGUUCUGAUUACACAAGAAGAAGAGCAGCUCCAUGGCACCGUCAGAGGGAAGCUCGUUUAAUCAACUUUCUUGGAUUGUCAAUUCUUAUAUUCGGUAUCGCUGUCGAUAUUUCUGUUGUUUUCACACGUUUUAUAUGA